GGUUGUCCCUCUCCCCCCCCCUCGUGCCCCCCCUUGUGCCCUUUGUGGUGGCAGAGGACGAGCGAGCUCAGCAUGAGGCUGCUGCGGGCCCCCCCCCUGAGGCUGCUGCGGUCUCUGGGUCCUGCUGCCCCCCCCCGGAACCUCCAUAACCGGGUCCGGGAGCACCAGAAGCUGUUCCAGGAGGACAAUGGGCUCCCCGUCUAUCUCAAGGGGGGGGCCAUGGACUCAGCCCUUUACCGCCUGACCACACUCAUCUGUACUGGGGGUACCUGUUACUCGCUGUGGUGUCUGGGUCAGGCCUCCAGGGCCAAGAAGCCCUGA